GUCUUGAAGAAUCAUAAGUGGUGGUUCUCAACUUGUUUAUGUGGUUCUCUUGUGUCAACUAAUAAAAAUAUUUUAUCAUGUGAUCUAUGUCAGCUUCAAUGCAUUGAUGCUGUCCGAAGGUUCUGCUUAAAGGUUGUGAUGUCUCAUUCAAAUGGAAACAAUAUAUUUGUUCUUAAAGAUCAUGAAGUUGUCCAAAUAAUAAAGACAAGAUGCUCGAGCUUUUUGGAUAAUCACCCAGAGUUGAAUCAGGGAUCUUAUUGCAAAGUUGUUCCAUUGAAACUCAUUUCAAGUCUUUUGCACAAAAAAGUUGUCUUCAUGGUUGAUGCUAGGCCUGUAGGUUAUGAGAUGAAUCGAUCUGUGUAUAUUGUUCAACAAAUCUGGGAUGAUGCCUCUGUUAUUAAUGUUUUUGAGGCUGCUACUGAGAUGAAUGAGCAUAAGAUUUGUUUUCGUGUUUCUGGAUCGUUUCUUGGAUUAUCUGAGUUUUCUCUCCGUCGGAAAACUGUGCAUCAAGGUUACCCACUUCGGUCGACAUUUUCGAUGAAGAUGUAUAAGAGAUCAAUUGAGAAUGGAGGUGGUUUUGGAUCUGAAAUUGCAACCGGGUUCCACUGA